UUCAUCGCGCGAGAAGUGUAACAGUCAACCCCGACGACCAGUUCCUCGAAUCGACGACUAUUCGUGUGUACAACAAUUAUCAAUUCGAAAAGAAAGGAUAAUGUUGCGGGUGUGUCUAAUUCUAAUAAUCGCGAGCGUGGCAGCGGCGCAGGUGCCAUUUUUGGGUGCGUGUCCAAACUUAGAAACAAUGCCGGAUUUCGAUCUAAACAGGUAUAUAGGGAAAUGGUAUGAAGUGGAGAGGUAUUUCGCUCUUUUCGAAUUUGGUGGGAAAUGCGUGACUGCCAAUUACAGCCAAGGUGAAAACGGAUCGGUAAAAAUUUUGAACAAGCAAAUAUCUGCCCUGACGGGAGUAUCUUCGAGCAUCGAAGGUAUCGGAAGAGUGAUUGGCAGGAACGAGGAUCCUAAAUUGAUCGUGACAUUUCCAUCCCUACCACUGCCUAUAGACGCGCCAUAUUGGAUCCUCGACACUGAUUACAAAUCCUACGCUGUGGUGUGGAGUUGUUCAAACUUUGGUGUAUUCAGCGUGCGAAACGCUUGGAUCCUCACGAGAGAACCGAAACCGCCAGUUUCAGUUUUGGAGAAAGCGUAUCAAGUGAUCGAUAAAAAUAACAUAAGCAGAGCGUACUUCAUUCGCACGGACCAGAAGAAUUGUCCGGAAGGAAAUUAA